AUGUCACCAGCAUGUACAUUGAGAUCGCGCAGAAUCGAAAGGGCCAACGGUAAUCAUUCAUUUCAGAAGCAAAACCUGGAGACGAAGUGCUCUGAUGACAUGGAACACACUGGUUUAGCAUCACCCAGGGCAGUGUGUCCAUCGUUGCACUUGGCAUAUGGUGACGCAGUAUUCGCUGCCAUAUCUGCUGAUGUUCACUGCAAACGAAAAACGUUCUUGAGAGCGAUUCCCGAAUCAAAACGAAUCUGGACACCAGCAAAUGAUGAUCGCUGGUUUAAUGAUCCGAAUUUCGUCACUCUCUUCACAUCGAACCAAUUUGUUUAUUUAAUCACAAAUGAACGUGAUCAAUUCGAAACAAUGCGGUUUCAGACGUACCUGGUACGUGUGCAAGCUGAUGACGGUGUUCAUAAGCGAACGAAUGGAAACACGUUCAGUUCAUUCAAAAAACAAGAACUGGAAUGUAAUAUAGAAGAUAUGAAUAUGAAACUGCACCAAAUAAACGCCGCAAUUCAUUAUCAACAUUAUUUAAUCGCUUCAUUUUGGAACGGUCAUUCAACGUUACCGAUCACAGCAAUUUGUAUAUUCCAUAUGCGUGAUAUUGAUCAUGCUUUUGAAAGUGUCAAGACGGUUUCGUUCAGUCGACUCAAUAAUUUCAAAGCAAUUCAAAAAGACACUGAGUCUUUCCUGAGUGAAUCGUAUUGGACGUUGUCAAAACAAAGAAAGACGGCGUUUUCUAACGUUAAACCUAAAUUUGCCACAGCAAUGAACCGAUUGGUCGAGUGGGUAUUUGCAUAUCAAAUUAUCUUACUAUCCAUUAAUUUUUUAUCGGAAAUCAUCUGCAAAAUCUUGCUGGUUUUCUGCGUGUUGCUCCAAGAUGCGACCACUGGCAGUUGA